CAUGUCCCUUCUCUAAAUUGCACAGACAGUAUUCUCAUCCCACCCUCUGACUAGAUUGUACCAGCAAUGGCAGUUUCCGGCUCUCUUUUUAGACCAAACCAAUCUCUCUAUCUCCACCUGAAAGCUCCAACUACAAAUCAUAGCUGCAAAAACCAGUUCUGCUUGAGAGCUUCUGCUAGUGGCUCAGAUGGUGAGGAAGGGAAGAUGAUAUGGAGAGAAAAAGAUGAAUGGAAGAUCAAUUUCUCGGGCGAAAAACCUGCCACGCCAUUGCUGGACACAAUCAAUUACCCAGCUCACAUGAAGAAUCUAUCUUCACAGGAUCUUGAACGACUAGCUGCAGAGCUUAGAACGGAUAUUGUAUACACAGUAUCAAAGACAGGUGGGCAUCUGAGUUCAAGCUUAGGAGUGGUGGAGCUAGCAGUGGCUCUGCAUCAUGUGUUCAACACCCCUGAAGACAAAAUCAUAUGGGAUGUGGGGCAUCAGGCAUACCCGCAUAAAAUUCUUACAGGCAGAAGGUCAAGGAUGCACACCAUUAGGAAAACUUCUGGGCUUGCAGGGUUUCCUAAAAGGGAUGAGAGCAUUUAUGAUGCUUUUGGAGCGGGGCAUAGUUCUACAAGCAUAUCUGCUGGUCUUGGCAUGGCAGUUGCAAGGGAUCUUUUGGGGAAGAAGAACAAUGUCAUUUCCGUGAUUGGAGAUGGAGCCAUGACUGCAGGGCAAGCAUAUGAGGCCAUGAACAAUGCAGGAUAUCUUGAUGCUAAUCUGAUCGUUGUACUGAAUGACAAUAAGCAAGUCUCUUUGCCCACGGCUACUCUUGAUGGUCCUGCAACUCCAGUUGGAGCCCUCAGCAGUGCUUUAGCAAAGCUCCAAGCAAGCACCAACUUCCGCAAACUCCGUGAAACCGCAAAAAGCAUCACAAAGCAAAUUGGAGGGCAGGCACACCAAGUUGCUGCGAAAGUAGAUGAGUACGCAAGGGGUAUGGUUAGUGCUUCUGGAUCCACUCUCUUCGAGGAGCUCGGAUUAUAUUACAUCGGUCCUGUGGACGGGCAUAAUGUUGAAGAUUUAGUCACCAUUUUUCAGAAAGUACGAGCAAUGCCUGCUCCAGGGCCAGUCCUGAUCCACAUCGUGACAGAAAAAGGGAAAGGCUAUACCCCAGCUGAGGCAGCACCUGACAAAAUGCAUGGGGUCGUCAAGUUUGAUCCUAAAACAGGCCAGCAAUUUAAGACCAAAUCCUCUACACUUGCAUAUACUCAGUACUUCGCUGAAUCUCUAAUUAAAGAAGCUGAAGUAGACAAUAAGAUUGUAGCCAUCCAUGCAGCAAUGGGUGGUGGGACUGGCCUCAAUUAUUUUCAGAAGAAGUUUCCAGAUCGCUGCUUUGAUGUGGGGAUUGCUGAGCAACAUGCUGUCACAUUUGCGGCUGGCUUGGCCACAGAGGGCCUCAAGCCAUUCUGUGCUAUCUACUCAUCGUUCCUGCAACGCGGGUAUGACCAGGUGGUACAUGACGUAUCUCUUCAAAAACUACCUGUCCGCUUUGCAAUGGAUCGGGCUGGUUUGGUAGGUGCAGAUGGACCGACCCAUUGUGGAGCAUUUGAUAUUACAUACAUGGCUUGCUUGCCUAACAUGGUGGUCAUGGCUCCAUCUGAUGAAGCUGAACUGAUGCACAUGGUUGCCACAGCUGCAGUCAUAGAUGACAGACCCAGCUGCUUUAGGUUUCCAAGGGGCAAUGGUAUUGGAGUAGCUCUUCCUCCUAAUUACAAAGGAACCCCUCUUGAGAUUGGAAAGGGCAGAAUACUGUUGGAAGGCUGCAGAGUUGCUAUUUUGGGAUAUGGUUCUAUAGUUCAACAAUGUCUGCAAGCAGCAAGCAUGCUGAAAGGCAGAGACAUCUCUGUGACAGUAGCGGAUGCAAGAUUUUGUAAACCUUUGGAUACAGAUCUCAUCAAGCGAUUGGCCAGUGAGCAUGAAAUCUUAGUAACAGUUGAAGAGGGUUCAAUUGGAGGCUUUGGAUCUCAUGUAUCGCACUACCUAAGCUUGACUGGUAUUCUGGAUGGACCCCUCAAGUUGAGAGCAAUGGUGCUUCCUGACAGAUACAUUGACCAUGGAGCACCCCAAGAUCAGAUAGAAGAAGCCGGGCUCUCUGCAAGGCAUAUCUCAGCAACAAUCUUCUCUCUCUUGGGGAGGCCAAAAGAAGCACUGAAAGUGAGCACACGCAUGGAAUAAAGUUCCUGCCUUUAGAAUUUUAGAAUUCAUUCACAUCUUUAGAAGGUAUAAUUUUAGCUUUCUAGGUGGAGGAGCUUGCGGAGACCAACUCAGAAAUGCUCGUUUGGAAUACUUCCAAAAAGUGUUUAACAAUUCUUGAAUCAUAUCUUCAAAUUCCCUCUAUCAUAAAGCAUACCUUGUUCACUAGUCUUUGGGUUAAAUAUGAAUCAAUUAUGGCGGAAUUUUUUUA